AUGAAAUUAGGAUAUAAUGAAAUAAUGAUAACAUCAAUGUAUUUUAAUGAUAUUAAUGAUUUUAUUAAUUUAGAAAUUGGUGUUAAAAGAUUUCAAGGAAAUAUUGAACGAUUUCAUUUUAAUCCAAUUCCAUUAAAUGAAUAUUCAAGAAAAUUAUUUACUAAUAUUGAAACAUUUCAUAUUUAUAAUAAAAAAGAUAAAAUAUUUAAUGAUGGAAAAAUAUUUAAAAAAGUAAUAUGGUAUACAGUAGAUUAUUCAACUUAUUUAAAAGAGAAAGAAAAAUGGGAUGUAUAUAAAAAUAUAAGAUACACACAAUUAGAUAGAAUGAAAUAUGGAGAAGUAAUACCACCAGAAGUUACAUCAAUUGGAUGUCAGUGUUUUGAUUGGUGUAUAGCAUUAACAAGAAUUGAUAUCCCAAGUAGAACUAAAGAAUUAUCUAGUAAUUGUUUUUCAGGAUGUAAAUCAUUAAAAUCAAUAACUAUUCCAUCAACAAUUAGUACAAUAGGAUCUGAUUGUUUUUAUUGGUGCACAUCAUUAACAUCAAUUAACAAUCAAAACAUACAAUUUAUUAGUAAAGAAAGAAUAUUUGUGAAUGAACCAGUGUUAGUUAGUAUUGAAACACCAAAAAAUAUACAAAUAAUCAAUGGAAAGAAUAUUGAAAAGAAAAGUAUUAAUGAAUUUAUUAUUCCAUCUUCAAUUACUAAGUUAGGAGAAUAUUGUUUUUCUGGAUGUUCAACACUAACAUCUAUAACUAUACCAUCAUCAAUUAAUGAAAUAGAAGAUGUGUGUUUUUCUAGAUGUUAUUCAUUGAUAUCAAUUAAUAUGCUAUCACCUGUUAGUGAAAUAGAAGAUUAUUGUUUUUCUGGAUGUUAUUCAUUAACAUCUUUAACUAUACCAUCGUCAAUUAAUAAACUAGGAAGGUAUUGUUUUAGUGGUUGUGAAUCAUUACAAUCAAUUAACAUACCAUCAUCUGUUAGUGAACUUGGAGAAUAUUGUUUUGAUAGAUGUUUAUCAUUAACAUCUAUCAUUAUACCAACACCUAUUAGUAAAAUAGGAUAUAAAUGUUUUAGUGGAUGUUCAUUGUUAACAUCAAUUAAUAUACCAUCAUCAAUUACAGCAUUUGGAACAGCAUGUUUUUAUAAAUGUGGAUGUGAAGAAAUGUUAAAACAGAAUAAAACAAUACCAGAAAAUUGCUUUCAGCCAUAUUGA